ACUAUUAUCCAUAUCUUGUGUUGACAUUUUAUUGUGUGUACGCAGUAAAUGUUAUCUGGACGUGACAAGUCUUUAACUACUAGCAUAAAUCUGAUUUACCGUACGUAGCGCAGGGUUAGCAAUCUCAGACGCCAGGCAACUUUUUCGCCCCUUUUUUUUCCUUCCUAUUAAUUUAAGAGGUCGUUUGAGUCGCUACAUUUGUCGAAGGGACUUGAAUUGUAUUUAGUCGGUCCAGGUGAAUUUACUGAGAUGGCUUCAUUCCGUUUUGGGACCACGACCAGCCCAUGCAGGACCUCCUCCACGACCAUCCCACAACAGCCGGAGGAGAAUGACAUAAAGGAUACCUGGGACCCUGAAAGACUGGUGCAGUGUCCAUACGACAAGAAUCACCAGAUUAGAGUGGCUCGAUUUCCAUAUCAUAUCAUCAAGUGCAGAAAGAACCACCCCAAAUUGGCAAAGGAGCUGAAAACGUGCCCAUUCAAUGCACGCCACCUGCUCCCAAAACACGAGUUGGCGGCCCACAUGGAAACCUGUGAGAACCGAGUGUCGGUGUUUACUGAAAGUGACAUGAACGACGAAUGCAGCUGGAAGGUGCCGGUGAGCACCUGGGUGAACCCGAACAUGACUGAGGACUGGGAUACUGAAGUGGAUGAUGCUGCAGCCCCAUUUGUGUGGGGGGUGAAUGCCAAAUUAAGCCAAAGACCGGAUGUGAAGCCCACCACCAUCGAUAAUGGGCUCAAACUAAGAUCCCCCAGGACCGCCCCGUGGGAUAACUAGUUGAUUAAGGAGCGUUGCAUUUACUUGCAUCAACAAAUUUCAAAAUUUAACAGAUGAAGCCUCCUUCCAGCAGCAGCUGCGUUAGCCUCAGGAUGGUGCCUCAGGAUGGUUCCAGGACAACCCGGGUGUGAACGCAGCCUGCCGGGACAUUGCCAGUGUCUCCUUGUGUUAUCCAUCCCUCUCUAGUUUCUCCUUUUGUGUCUCAUAGCGCCCUCAUGAGUCCUUUGUCUGCGUCUCAUUUAUGUGUCUCUGUGUUCUUCAUGUGUCUCCGGUUUGCAGCCCUCCAGAUCAUUCUCCCAGGUCCUGUGUUCAUUCAGUCAUCCCCAGCCCCUCCAGGUGGUCCUUCACAUUCUGUGUCCUUGUAGCUCCAGCCUUUUUGUCCCCAGCUCCCUCCUGGUUGUCUUCAUGUCUCUUAGUCUCCCCACAUUAGUUUAUAUAGGUCUUUUAUUUCAGUUGUGUGUGUGUGUGCGCGUGUGUGUGUGUCGUUCCCCAGUCAGGUCUGGUGUCCUCCCCUGCUCCUUUCUGCUCCUCCUCUCAGAUAUUGUUUUCACCUGUGCCAGUUCCCCACACACCUGCUCCUCAUCACCUAUCACUCCAGCCCCAGUGUAUAAAACCCAGCCUUUGUCUCAGUGUUGUGUUGGUCCAUUGUGGUAUUCUGUCAGUCUUCUCGUGUCUAGUGUUUUUGAUCUCUAGUUCAGUAUUUGGAAAUUUUUAGAUUUUUGGCUCCCAGCCUUUGGAUUUAUUGUAUUAUUUUGGUUCAUCCUAAAUAAAGGAUUUUUCUGAUCUUCA